AUGAGGAAAGAUAAUCAGAGUAUUGUGUCUGAAUUCAUCCUCCUGGGGCUCCCCAUCCGACCAGAGGAGGAAGGCAUGCUCUAUGCCCUGUUCCUGGCCAUGUACCUGACCACCGUGCUGGGGAACCUGCUCAUUAUCCUGGUCAUCAGGCUGGACUCUCACCUCCACACCCCCAUGUACUUCUUCCUCAGCCACUUGGCCUUCACUGACAUCUCUUUCUCAUCAGUCACAGCUCCAAAAAUACUGAUGAAUAUGCUGACACAGAGUCAAUCCAUCUCAUAUGCUGGGUGCAUUUCCCAGGUGUUCUUUUUCUUGUUUUUUGCAGAUCUGGACAGCUUUCUUCUCACUUCAAUGGCAUAUGACAGAUAUGUGGCCAUCUGCCACCCACUGCACUAUACAACCAUCAUGAGUCACAGCAUAUGUUUCCUGCUAGUAAUUGGAUCCUGGGUCUUAUCCUUUGUUGGCGCUCUUGUGCACACCCUCUUCCUAGCCCGUCUCCCUUUCUUUAGAGACAAUACUGUCCAUCACUUCUUUUGUGACCUCUCUGCCUUAAUUAAGCUGUCUAGCUCAGACACCUCUGUCAAUGAACUGGUUAUCCUCAUUGUAGGUUCUCUAGUCAUUACCCUGCCAUUCAUAUGCAUUCUGAUCUCCCACAUUGGGACCACCAUCCUGAAAACUCCCUCCAUCAAAGGAAUCUGCAAAGCCCUGUCCACAUGUGGUUCUCACCUCUUUGUGGCUUCUUUGUACUAUGGAGCGAUUAUUGGGCUAUACUUUGUCCCUUCAUCUAAUAACACUAAUGAUAAGGAUGUCAUUGUGGCUGUGUUGUACACUCUGGUCACACCCAUGCUGAAUCCCUUUAUCUACAGUCUGAGGAAUCGGGAUAUAAAAGGAGCGCUGAGAAAUAUACUCAGAAGGGGAAAUUUUUCAGUUUAG